AUGAAUUUUCACGAUCUCUCUCACGUCUGCGAUUAUCUUCUCGGCUUGAGGUGUUCUCAUUACUCUUUCCAUGUCUGUGAUGCUCCCAAGAUGAAGACCGUUCUCUAUCUCGAUGCUUAUCUACAUAGCUGGAUUUUCUAUCUUGAGAAUUAUCCCAACGCUUACUGCGAAUCAUCUCCACGCCUGUCUCGGGAAUCACCCCCGCGCCUGUCACGGAAAUCGCCCCCGCGCCUGUCACGGAAAUCGCCUCCGCGCCUGUCACGGAAAUCGCCGCCGCGCCUGUCACGGGAAUCGCCGCCGCGCCUGUCCCGGGAAUCACCUCUGCGCCUGUCUCGGGAAUCACCCCGAUUCUUCCAUUUAUCCCAAUCAUCCCAAUGUCUCCACCGUUCCCUAGAGUCACCUCUAUAUCUAUGUCUGUCUCGCGACACCUCACAUUCACGGUUUCUUUCUCUUGAAUCGUCCCUUUCUUUCCUUUUCUCCUUUGAACUAUCUCGUUCUCGACGACGGUCUCUUGAUUCAGCUACUCUCCCUCGAAUCUUCCCUCUCCUUCUCUCUCGAAGUCUCCCCUCACUCUCUGAAUCUGUCUUGAAUCUUCAUUCUCUCUCUUUCUCUCCCUUGAAUCUUCCUGCUCACUCUGUCUUUCCCUUGAAUCUUCCCGCUCACUCUGUCUCUCCCUUGAAUCUUCCCGCUCACUCUGUCUCUCCCUUGAAUCCUCCCGCUCACUCUGUCUCUCCCUUGAAUCUUCCCGCUCACUCUGUCUCUCCCUUGAAUCUUCCCGCUCACUCUGUCUCUCCCUUGAAUCUUCCCGCUCACUCUGUCUCUCUCUUGAAUCUUCCCGCUCUCUUUGCUUUGCUUUGUCACUAG